AUGGACGCCACUUACAACGUUCUUGUCACCGGUUCGGCCGGUCAUCUCGGCACGGCCCUCAUGCUCGCCCUACCCGGCUUCGGCUACAAGCCGUUUGGCAUCGACAUUCUCGCUUCGCCCACCACCACCGCCGUCGGCAACGUCACCGACAGCGCAUUCAUCAGCGGCCUGCUCCGAGGCAGCAACAUUACCCAUAUAAUCCACACGGCGACCCUUCACAAGCCGCACGUCUGCAGCCACACCAAGCUGCAAUUCAUCGAAACCAACAUCACCGGCACCAUGGUGCUCCUGGAAGAAGCCGCCGCGCUGGGCCCUCAGAUUCAGAGCUUCUUGUUUCUGAGCACCACGAGCACCUUUGGCACGGCUUUGAGCCCGCAGCCGGGAAAACCGGCGGCGUGGAUCGACGAGGCCGUGGUCCCGCAGCCCAAGAACAUUUACGGCGUCUCAAAGGUCACCGCCGAGGACUUGUGUCUGCUCAUGCACCGCGAGUCGGGCCUGCCGGUGCUGGUCCUCCGCUCCAGCCGCUUCUUCACCGAGGAGGACGACGACGAAAAUCGUCGCGCCGAGCUGGCCGACGCCAACCUCAAAGUGCUCGAAUUCGCAUACCGCCGCUGCGACUUGGAGGAUCUCGUCAAUGCCUGCGUCUGCGGCAUGGAAAAGGCCAAGAGUAUCGGUUGGGGCCGGUACAUUAUCAGCGCGCCGCCGCUGUUCCCGAAAGAUGAAAAGAUUCUCGAGGCGUUGGAUACCGACCCGGCGGCGGUGCUGCGGCGCGUGGCGCCCGAGGCUGAAAAGGUGUUUGAGAAGAAGGGCUGGGGCUAUCUGAAUCGCAUUGAUCGUGUGUAUGACUCGUCCAAGGCGGCGAGAGAGCUGGGCUGGAAGCCAAAGUAUACAUUUGCCAACAUGGUGGCCAUGGUGGCUCAGGGCCAGGAUUGGCGGAGCGAGCUCGCCCGCAAGGUGGGCAAAAAGGGCUAUCAUGCAGUCACGACGGGCGUUUAUACCCAGCGAUGA